ACGGACAGAUCCCAUAACAUUUCGUGCCUUAUCUUCCACACACAAUUCAAUAAAAGCGCUAUGUAUAGAUAUAAACGUAAAUAUAUCAUCCCCGCAAGCAACUAAAAGUGCAAGUCUGCAACAAAUCCGUGCAAGCAGCAGCGCGAUCCAUGGACUUUCCCCUGCCCCCGCCGGAAAAGCUCAUCUUCCUUCACCGCCGCUCCGAUGGCGUUGCCUACGUCAUUAUCAAUCGCCCCAAAUCCCUCAAUUCCCUAACCCGCUCCAUGAUGGUCGACUUGGCCAAGGCAUUCAAGGACCUCUCCGCCGAUGAUUCUGUGCGGGUUAUUAUAUUCUCCGGCUCUGGCCGUGCCUUCUGCUCCGGCGUCGAUUUGACGGCCGCCGAGGAAGUCUUCAAGGGGAACCUAGAUCCCGAAAUCGACCCCGUAUUACAGAUGGAGCGCUGCAAGAAGCCAAUAAUUGGGGCCAUAAACGGGUUUGCAGUGACCGCUGGGUUCGAGCUUGCUCUGGCGUGUGAUUUACUGAUUGCUUCCAAGGACACCAAGUUUCUGGACACUCACGCCAGGUUUGGAAUAUUUCCUUCUUGGGGUCUGUCUCAGAAGCUUGCCCGCAUAAUAGGGGUGAAUCGAGCUCGUGAAGCUUCAUAUGCUGCUGUUCCUAUAAAUGGUGAACAAGCCAUGAUGUGGGGUUUAGUUAACCAUCUUGUUGAUGGAAGUGAGGUUUUGAAGAAAGCCCAACAAGUUGCUGAAGCCAUAAUGAAGAACAAUCAAGACAUGGUGCUGAGGUACAAAGCAGUUAUAAAUGAUGGGCUUAAACUGGAUCUUGGUCAAGCACUUGCCCUGGAGAAGGAAAGGGCGCACGCAUACUAUGACAGGAUGACAAAAGAACAGUUCAAGAAUAUGCAGGAGUUUAUAGCAGGCCGGAGCUCGACCAAGAAGCAAUCCAAGUUGUAAUGAUAGUUGUUUUUUUCUGGUGCAGUUGGCCCCCUUCAUGCUCCAUAUGUUGAGUUAAAUAUAUAUAAUCUUUUGUUGGAUAAAUAAAUUUAUGAAAUGGUUUGCUGCCAGUACUUGGUAAGAAGUGAGAACUGAUCUCUACCAAGUUGCAGCAGAUGAGGAAUACACACACACACAGACUAUUCGUUUCA